AUGGCGUCUAAGUUCCUAACAAAGAAGAGAGGAAAGGUCGAUCUUCGUAUAAGGAAAGGUCAUGACAUGACAUGGUCAUGUGACAAGAAUGGUGAGCCAAUCAAUUUUUACUGUAAGAAACACAAAAUUCCCAUAUGUCAUCAAUGCGCUACUAAAGAUCAGAGUCAGAAACCAUGUGAGCUAGACGACAUCGAGGAUGUCAUCUUAGAAAGGAAGAGACAACUGGAUGAGAAACGGCCAAAAAUACAGGAACUUCGGAAACAAGUGGAAGCCCUCGCCACGAAAAUAAAGACUUCAUCAACGUCUGGAAGUACUCAUCUUCAGACAAUUAACAACAACAUUCAAGCAUCAUAUUACGACAAGAUCAAAUCUGUUGGAGAAAAGGAGAACAGGAUGAUUAGGGUUAUUAACGAGGAGGCAGAUGAGGAAAUAAGACUAGUAAAUGAGAAGAGAGAAAAACGGAUCAAGGAUUGCAACAUCGAGAGAGAAAGGGAGCGACAAAUCAUCAAAGACAAAGAAGCAAAACUUCUAUCAGAUGCAAAGAAAAUCAGCGAAAUCGUUUCUAAGAAGAUCAAAGAUCUUACUAAUAAGAAUCAGCAUGCAAUAAACACUAUUAAGAACAUUGAAUCAACCAUCAAACGUAUAAACCAACAUGAUGAAACAUUGGUGAAUGAAGCUCCUCAAGUACUUGCAUCUAUUGACAUGAUUGAUGAAAAUUUAAGUUUGAAUGUUCGCCAAGAUGUUAGCGAUUGUCUUGACCGAAUACAGAGUGAAGUUGAGAGAGUAAAGUUUGUAGAGGGGGAAGUAGGUGGAGAAUACUAUGGUAGAAUUGAUGGGUAUAUCGGUAAAUGGGAACUUGUCAAAUCAAUCCACAUUCCAUCGCUUGUUCAAAAGCCGUGUGUGCGUGGUUUAGUCAGUGAAGAUGAGAUAUGUGUGCAAGAUAGAUAUAACCGUGACAUGUAUAUUACAAACAUCAAUACUCAACGCACAGAGAAAGUCAUUGAUGGAGGUGUGAGGAUUACAUCAUGUGCGCCCAUAGACCGUAACGUAAUAGUAUGUGGUAAGAUGACACGUGGUUGCCCAGGUGACAGGUUGGAUGGAUGCAUCACUCUCUAUGACAGACAUUGGAAGGUGAUUAGAGACAUCAGCACACCAAGGAAUGGAAACGAUAGAUAUGAUAGUGUGUAUGUUGAUGUUGACAGGGAUGGGAUGAUCAUCGCUGCUCAGUACUGUCAGUCUAAUAUCUACGUCAUCAAUCCUGCUAAUGAUAAGGUAGUAAACACUAUUACGAUGCAGGGUAAGAAGGUGAAGGAUGAGAUACAAGCCUUGUCAUCAGGUGAUAUCGUUGCGAAGACAGAUUAUGAUGAAUACACUGUCAUCUCACGAUCAGGAGAAGAGAAGGCUGUCAUACACUGUGAUGAGUGGCGCUGGUCACAGUGUUGCGUUGACAAACUGACGGAAACACUCUGCAUCGCGUACCGGGAAGAAGCGCGUUAUACCUACACAGUCAUUGAUCAGGUGUCACGCGAUAGUAUCAUCCAGGCAAGGAAGAUCGUGGAAUACGUGAAAUCAGAUCGCUCUGACUGGAUCAGCCCUUGUCUCGUUACUCCUUCUGGUAACCUCGUAGGAUGUGAUGGAGACCAGCUCCUUGUUUACAAGAAAGUCUUCAUGAGUUAUAGAGAGAGUCUCCAAGGAAUGGAUAUGGGAUAUAUCGGUGGCAGUAGUGAUUCUUCAACAAGAGCCCAACAGGAAGAAGUUCACACUCCUGAAAGCAGAGAGGAUUCAGGUGAUAUUCCUGAAAUAAUUCGACUUGAGAAAUACGGCAUAGAAGUACGAAUACCACCAAACGAAGCUUACAGUGCAAAAGAUAUUACGGUUGAAGUGAUUGACGAUGUUCCACCUGAGUUGAAGAUCAAGGAAACAGAAGCAAUCAUUACCUAUGGUUUGAAGAUGAAGGCCCCUUCUAAUGCAAUCUUUGAACAUCCAGUUCAAGUGACGAUGCCUCACUUUGCUGUUUUUAAACGACCAAAGAAUGCGGAAAUCAUUUCAUACUAUAGGAAAAGUGCUUCUAAAGAGUUUGUUGCAAUACCUUCUACAAAAGACACCAGUCCUUGGUGUGUGGUAAGAGAGAGGGACCUCGAUAUCAACUUCCAUCACUUCUGCGAAUAUUGGUUCGUUGCUGUCCGUGCUGUCUACAACCUGUACAACAAAUUCAAGGAGAUAUUCAUUGGAAAGCGUCUUGUCUGUACGCCCUAUGUUCCGAUACCACCUUUUCUGAGCAAGAUACACAUCCUGUUUGUCCAUAUAAGAGAUGCGCACAAGAAAGAGCUGGAGGUCCCGACUGGAUAUAAAGCUCCAUUUAAAGGAGAUGAAUUCUUAUUUGAGUGGGGAAGUGGCCCACUGAAGAUAACCUGUCCAGAUAGCACCAUGGGUGAUUCUCCAACGAUUCUCGAGGAAAGCAAGAUACGCUACCUGACAAACCUCAACCCGAAAUUCAAGGUGGACACGACGAAUAUCCCAGAUGCUGAGAUGAUAGUUACUUUUUUAUUGAAACAGAGCACAACAAGUGAACUCCCGGUUCCAAUGCAGUUAAUUGAGACUUCUGGUACAUCAAUGAGAUACCGCGAUUCUAGAACCGAUAGUUCAUCAUCAACUUCACACUUAGAUAUAUUCCAAGAAGAACAAUGGAACACUGCUCCUGUGUCAGUAGGCGCUCAACCGAGAGUUGAUUUAUCAGCCGGCGCAACAAGAAGGGAUGGGGUGAUCAUCGCUGGUCAGGACAACCAGUCUAAUAUCUACGUCAUCAAUCUUGCUGAUGAUAAGAUAGUAAACACUAUUACGAUGCAUGCAUGCAGGGUAAGGAGGUGAGGGGUGAAAUACAAGCCUUGUCAUCAGGUGAUAUCGUUGUGAAGACAGGUAAUCAAUACACUGUCAUCUCACGAUCAGGAGAAGAGAAGGCUGUCAUACACUGUGAUGAGUGGGGCUGGUCACGGUACCUCGUUGACAAACUGACAGACAUACUGUACAUAGCGAACUGGGAUAGAGUGCGUAAUACCAACCAACCAUACCAACUUAUUAAUAUUAGUGAUGAACACAAUUCUUGCUUAUUGGUUCACAUAACAAUGGACCUGGUGAGAAUAAAAAGAAGCUGCUACCCCUAUAGAGAUAAUCUUGUAAUCAAUUGAAUAUGCUUCCUAAUCAUUUGUCCGUAUCGGUGAAAGACAUCUCUACUUGAUUCGCCAUUCCAUUGACGAGUGGAUACCAUGCGCGACCAUGGGGUGUCGAAAAGCACCUUGAACACAUAUUUUCCAUAUUCUGAAAAUGCCCCCCUUAACCAAGUAUUGGCGUCUGAAAUCAUACCCUUAACAGGUAUUGGUAACAAAACGAUACUCUUGGCAAGUAUGCCCUGAAAUGGACCCCUAAAAAGUACAGCGAUUUUUAAUUGUUAUAUCACGGGUCCGUCGGUGGACUGUUUUACUUUUACAAACCAUUUGGUUUAGUACGGCCCCACCUUCCACACCUCGCACAAAUCGGACAUUAAACACCUAGUGUUGGG